AUGAUUCUCGUACCCAGGAAAUAUGUCAGGGAAAUUUGUUACAAUUUAAACUUUAAAUACAAGUAUACAAGACUUGCUUCCAGCAGUAUUCUUUUGCUUCACUUCAAUCACAUGAAUCAUGCAAUUUUUAAGAUAAACGUUCACAUCCAUAAAUUUUCAAAAAUUUAUCAGCCCAUUCUGGACUCAAGUUUUGUAUGGAAAAUAUUUUCCAGUGAUUAUACUCUCAAAUCAUGGAUAAUCUCUUUGAUAUUAUCUUUGUCCACGUUGCUAAGCCCGGUCACGCCUCGAAUAAGCAACGAAGUCGAUGAAAAUUUCAAUUCAGAUGACGUUUUUCAAAGGAACAAAAAAUUGAUAGCCGAUCUUUUGGCCAGCACCGAACCAACUGCUUUCACAGCUGACGAGGCAGCUUCUCUGGCGAGUACCGUUCCUGGAAAGUGCAAAAAGUUCAUGACUUUCCUCGAGAAUAUUUUAAAGUCUAGAGACGACCUGGGGGACCGUUUAAAGACGACCUCGAGCAACCAUUUGGACGAAGUGGACUUUGUCGUAGUUGGAUCAGGGAGCGGGGGCAGCGUCGUUGCAGCACGUCUCAGCGAAAUCCCAAAUUGGAAGGUCCUGCUCCUGGAGGCCGGAGGUCCGGCGCCAACUGCCACUGCCGUUCCAGGGAUGUACUUCAACUAUCAAAACUCCUCCAUUGACUGGAGUUUCCGUUUGGAACCACAAAGUAACGCCUUCCUCGGACAACCGGACGGAAGCGCUCAAUGGCCCAGAGGAAAAGUUUUGGGCGGUUCAAGCGUCCUGCAUGGAAUGAUGUACAUGCGAGGCUGUGCCAAGGACUACGAUGGGUGGCGUCUGCCUGGCUGGUCCUGGAAGGAAGUGCAGGAAUUUUUCCAUCGUAGUGAGGAUAAUAAGGAGGUUGAUUGCUGCACUGUAAAGUCGGGGCAUCACGCAACCGGAGGACCACUUCCGGUCUCAAGGUUUCCACACCAGCCUAAGCUCCUUUGGGAUAUUCUUGCGGCUGCUCGCAGCCUGGGAUUCUCAAUUUGCGAAGAUCUGGGGGCAGAGGUCAAGCCUGGUUUCACCGUGGUGCAGACGAUGCAGAGCAACGGAGUCAGGAAAAACGCCGCCAGAGCGUUUCUGGAGCCGGCGAUGAAGAGAAAAAAUCUUCACAUCAUUUCCGACGCAAUGGUACUCAAAGUGAUUGUUGACCCGAAAUUAAAGAAAGCCAUUGGCGUCGUUUACGAACGGCACGGAGUCACGCGAGUGACCAAAGUCAAGAAGGAAGUGAUCCUGUGCGCCGAUAGUGUGCAGUCACCGCAACUGCUAAUGCUUUCUGGCAUCGGACCUAAAAACCAUCUCAAGGAUCUAGGUAUUCCAGUGAUCCAGGAUAUUCCAGACGUCGGUACCAAUCUCCAAAAUCACGUCUCUGUCUCUGUGAACUUCAAAGUGGCUGACGAGCGGGCGAAGUAUUUACUGGAUGUUGAUGCCGUGAAGGAAUACAUCCUCGGUAGACGCGGACCGAUGUCCUCGACAGGAUUAUCCCAACUCACGGGAUUUGCCUACUCAACUACGGGAGAUCAGGACGGGAGACCACACAUACAGUUCUUCUUCGAAGGUUACAACGCGAACUGCUCACGGAACGGUGAUCCGAACGACAUAGAAUAUCCGGGCGGACGACGAUUCAAAAUAGUCCCGACUCUACUCAGAACUCGAUCCAGAGGCGUUCUGAGGCUGCGAAGUAAGAAUGCUCACCAGGCGCCAAUCAUCCUUGGAAAUUACCUGCAGGAUGCCAAUGACAUACCUCAACUGCGAGAGGGUAUUCGCAUGGCGAUUUCCCUCGCUGAAACUGAGUCCCUGAAAAGGGCUGGAGUCGAGCUGAACAAAAUUCCAGAUGAGAGCUGUCUUCAAUAUCAAUUCGACAGUGACGAUUAUUGGGAAUGUGUAAUCCGUUACCGAACAAAUCCGGAGAAUCACCAAUGUGGCACUUGCGCCAUGGGGACAUCAGCAAAUCCAAUGGCAGUUCUCGACCAUAAAUUACGCGUUCGUGGAAUACGCCGACUCCGAGUCAUUGACGCCUCGAGUUUUCCAGAAAUUGUGUCCUGCAAUAUAGCUGCACCUAUAAUGAUGGUUGCUGAAAAGGGUGCUCAACUAAUCAAGGAACUUUGGCAGCCUAAUAAAAAAAAAAGUGCUCCAAUUCAUAGAUCCACUCUUUACGUGAAACUUUUCCUGUGCCAAAGAAAAAUUAGAUCAGAAUAACUUUUCGUCCAGAAGCUCGCAGAUUUGACAGCGUGAGAUCUUAUAAUACGACCAAUAAUACUUGUACUUAUAUUGUAUAAAUACGAACGUCUCCAGAUACAGCGACUGCAAAGAUAUUCUUGCAUUUUAUGUUACUAUUUAAGAUAGCGAAAAGAAAUGAACGACUGUAAUAACCAUAUGCCUAUAAUAGUUAUCAUACCACAAUACCGUAUCAUACCUAAAUGAGGCUUAUGCAGAGAACUUACCAUGUGUAUUAAUAUGUGUAAUUUAUUCUGCACAAGAUCAUAUUCCCGUAAGGUCAUUGUAAACGAUCCUGAACCGUGUCACAAUGCUACUGGUUUUUUAUUUCUAGACUAUAAUAACCAAAAUUCAUUACGAAAAUCGAUCAUUGUAGCACACAAAAGAGACCGUGUGAAAAAAUUUCGAAUUGGGUGUAAGCUCCU